ACUUGGAAGCAGCGAAGGAAAGUAAUUGCACCGGGGUUUCAUUCUGCAUUUCUGGAGGCUAUGAUUAAUGUUUUUACUAACUGUUCAGAGAGAACGGUGGCUAAGUUUGAGAAGCUCAUUGAAGGAGAAAGUAAUCCAGGACAUACAAUUGAAUUAGACCUUGAAGCUGAAUUUUCAAGUCUGGCGCUUGAUGUGAUUGGUUUGGCUAUAUUCAACUAUGAUUUUGGUUCUGUCACUGAAGAAUCUCCAGUAAUUAAGGCAGUCUAUGGAACUCUAUCUGAGGCUGAACAUCGGUCAACAUUUUACAUCCCUUACUGGAAUCUUCCUUUUGCUAGAUGGUUCUUUCCAAGGCAGCGCAAAUUUCAUAGUGAUCUAAUGGUCAUAAAUAACUGUCUUGACGGGCUUAUCAGAAAUGCAAAAGAAACUAGGGAGUGUCUUCAUGGCAAAUAA